UUUGAAAAUGGUUUACUGAAGCCAGUAGACUAGCGGACUCCAGCCUCUUCAAACGUAAUUAGGCGAACAGUGGUAGUGUACACGAAAUUCACUGUCCCGCACGACACGCUCGUUCGAACAAGUGUGCCAGUCUACCGCCGGUCAAUUCUCGUGGUGCAAUUUUUUCGUGCCUGUGCCCAAUGCAGUGUCCAGUGGAACCUUGAGACAGCUUUCCGACAUGUUACAUCAUUUUCAAAAAUAAUAUUAUUAAGACUCUAUGAAGAUGUAUCUGUUUCUGGCAAUUUUGGUAUACAAAUGCAGUAAUUACUUCUCAUGUGCUGAGUAUGACCUGACAGAUGGAGCUUCGACAGAGAAUGAGGCCACACUUACAUUUGGCAACGAUCCGGAAGUUGUCGGAGACUAUUUCGAUAACAACAAAGCGUUAGUAUAUGAAUUUCAAAGAAGCAUAAAAAGUGACAACACAGAAAUAGAAGCGAGAAGGCGAAGUGCAAUCGACAAAAACUUUAUGCGUUUCGGCAGAUCUGAUCCAAAUCUACAACGAAUUUCACGGGCUAGUAAGGGAACAAAUCUGAUGCGUUUCGGACGUGCGGAUAGGGGAUUUCUACGGUUUGGCAGACUGCCAAAUGAUGUACCAUACUCACUUGUGAACUUUGACCUGGAUAGUUCAGAACACGCUGACAGAACAAAUGAUUUGGAUGAAGAAACAGUACCAUCAAAACGAACACCCAGUUCUUCUGAGGAAGUGGAAACAAAUCAAUCCGGAGAACAAAAUAAACCGAAACAAGUCAUGUAUUUCCGACGUGAUUUUCCCAAAAACCUAAUGCGAUUUGGUAAACGAGGUGAUGAGGGAAGAUUCACGCGGUUAGACCGCGCUAAUCUUAUGAGAUUCGGUCGGACAGGAAACAGUGCGUCUCGUGCGAACUACCUGCGUCUCGGUCGUGCCAACGGCAAUCUCAUGCGGUUUGGAAGAUCUAAAGGAAAUUUGAUGCGAUUCGGUCGAUCAGAUCCGCACUUUCUACGACUGAUCAAGAUGGAUAACAACUUUAUGCGAUUUGGCCGAUCUGAUAAAGUUAUGAAAACUAAAACCACAAAUGGAACCGUUGCCGCUGACCCUACCUCCACCUCUGUUGAUGAUGGAAUGCAGGACCAGCAGCGAUUAUCAUCCGACGAGAGUGAAGAAUCUUUCAAACCGCCUUCCAACUCAAACAAGGAUUACGAUGUUCACUUACGUGAAGAAGACAUCCUUACUCCAAUUUACGUUGUUAACUCCUAGAUCGUUCACGAUAACUGAAUGCAUUGAAUAGUGCAGUAAACCGGACAAGUUUCUCAAAAUCAGAUUGUUGAUGUAUUAAACACGUUCAUAUUUACCUUGCUUUUCAAGGUGUCGAACGAAUAAUAUAAGGCUGGGAUUAGCAAUCUGAUUUCGAUUAAGUUCAGCCGAGUUGAAUCAGAGAUAUACUCAUUUUCCAGAAUGCCAAAAGUUAAAAUAAACCCAGAUGAAGUGAUUCUUACUAUUUAUCUAUAUUUAUAAAUUUACAAAUGAUUGUAAUCGUUAUUAUCAUUAUCACCUAAGUCAUACUGAUUUACUUAUCAAUCAAGAUUAAUAGUACACG